CGUGUUAGCAAAGGUUUCACACCUCACUUAUUUCCAACAUUUUCUUUUCUUUCUCUCUCCAGUGUCAAUGUUUUCACGUGUCUCUCACUUUCUUCGUUCUGUUCUUUUCUGUCCUCAUUCCUUUCACUCUGUUUGUUCCCUAACAAAAAACCACAAUUGAGUUUUGUUCUUUCCCAUUUUAGGGUUGUUCUCAGGAGGUAGUUGAUGUUUCAUUUUGGGGUUGUCUCCGCGUAGAAAAUAAAUAAAUAAAAAAUUGACUUUCUUUGAAGUGUUGAAGCAGCAUAAGCUUAAACCUUUCUAAGGUUCAAACAAUGGAAGGACAGAACCAAUUCAAUUCUUCUUCUUCUUCUUCGUCUUCUUUCACUUCUGAACUCUUUGGAUCCGACCAAUCCCAACGUCCAUCUUCUAAUUCUGGAAUCUUGGCUUCUAUAUUCCCUCCAUCGUCUAAGGUGUUAGGGAGAGAAUCUCGGCAUUUUCAAGUGACCGAAAAAACCGCAACCCCAAAAACGGUUAUACCUGAUGAUGUACACAAGUACAAGAGCAAUGAUGGUGAAACUCGUAAUCACACAACAAAUAAGGAUAUGAUGAGUUCCAUGUAUGAGGAACAAAGAGUUCAACCUUGCCACCUUAGCUCAUCAAUCUAUUAUGGUGGCCAGGACAUAUAUUCGCAUCCUCAAAGUACACAAAACUCCGGAUUGAACUCUUUGUACAAGAAGGAUGGGGGAGAAGAUGACUCUGGAAGUGCUUCAAGAGGAAACUGGUGGCAAGGAUCUCUCUAUUAUUAGGAGCAUUGCUAAGGAUUAAGGAAUAUACUCCUAACGGUUAGGAGGAUCGCUUAGCAGAAUUUAAUUUCUACCCUUCCAUAUAUAUCUAUAUAUCUAUAUAUAUAUGGUGAGUGUUGGGGCCAGGGCAAAUUGUUUUCUCCAGCCAAAAAACAGAAUCACAUAAUCAGUAUGAACCUGUAAAUAAAGAAUUGAAUAAUGCAUCAUCUCAAUGAUGUAUAAGUUGUAUGCUAUAUAUAUGUAGCUAACUAAAGUUUUGAUGAUUUUAAAUCAAAUGCGGGAAAAUCACACUUUACUGGUUUUUCCUUUACCUUGUAUUUCAGAUGUCUUGAACUGAUGAAUCAUCAGCUUGUAUAACCAGCAUGCUCUUAUAUAUGAGUUUAAAAUUGAAAAAAAAAAUUAUAUGAG